AUGGGUGAUUACUCGAAAGCACUUGAAUUUUACGAAAAAGCACAUAAGAUUAAAGAAAAAGCUCUACCUCCAAAUCAUCCGGAAUUAGCUACCUCGUACGGCAACAUCGGUGAAGUGUAUAACAACAUAGGCGACUACUCGAAAGGGCUUGAGUUUUACCAAAAAGAUCUGGAAAUUACGAAAAAAGCUCUGCCUCCAAAUCAUCCUUCAUUGGCUACUUCCUAUAACAACAUUGGUUUGGUGUAUUACAACAUGGGCGACUAUCCGAAAGCACUUGAAUUUUACGAAAAAGCAAAUAGAAUCUACGAAAAAGUUCUGCCUCCGAAUCAUCCAUCAUUGGCUAAGGCCUAUGGCAACAUCGGUCAAGUGUAUAACAACAUGGGUGAUUACUCAAAAACACUUGAAUUUUACGAAAAAGCACAUAAAAUCUACGAAAAAGCUCUUCCUCCAAAUCAUCCCGAUUUGGGCUUCUCUUACAACAACAUCGGUUCUGUAUAUGGAGACAUGAAUGACUACUCGAAAGCACUAAAAUUUCACGAAAAAGGUCUCGAAAUUUACGAAAAAGCUCUACCUCCAAAUCAUCCUGAUUUGGGUUUCUCAUACAACAACAUCGGUCAAGUGUAUAAUAAUAUAGGUGAUUACUCGAAAGCACUUGUAUUUUACGAUAAAGCACUUAAAAUUAGAGAAAAAGCUCUCCUUCCCAAUCACCCUACUUUGGCUACUUCUUACAACAACAUUGGUCAAGUGUAUAAUAAGAUGGGUGACUACUCGAAAGCACUUGAGUAUUACGAAAAAGCACUCAAAAUAAGUAAAAAAGCUUUGCCUCCAAAUCAUCCUGAUUUGGCUACUUCCUAUAACAACAUUGGUUUGGUGUAUAACAACAUGGGCGACUAUCCGAAAGCACUUGAAUUUCACGACAAAGCGCAUAAAAUCUAUGAAAAAGCUCUGCCUCCGAAUCAUCCCGAUUUAGCUAUUUCCUAUAGUGACAUCGGUCUAGUGUAUAACAACAUGGGUGACUAUUCAAAAGCAUUUGAACUUUACGACAAAGCACAUAAAAUCUACGAAACAGCUCUGCCUGCGAAUCAUUCCCAUUUAGCUACUUCCUAUAAUAACAUCGGUACAAUGUACAAAAACAUGUGCGACUACGCGAAAGCACUUGAAUGUUAUGAAAAAGCACUCAAAAUAAGAGAAAAAGCUGUAUUUCCCAAUCAUGGAGAUUUGGCUAUUUGCUAUGGCACGAUCGGUCAAGUAUAUAACGACAUCGGUAACUACUCGAAAGCAUUUGAUUUUCACAACCAAGCACAUAAAAUCUUCGAGAAAGCUCUACCUCCAAAUCAUCCUCAUUUGACUACUUGCUACAAUAAUAUCGGUCAAGUGUAUUAUAGCAUGGGAGACUAUUCAAAAGCACUUGACUUUUACGAAAGAGCAUAUAAAAUAAGAGAACAAGCUCUACCUUCAGAUCAUCCCGAUUUGGCUAUUUGUUACGGUAGCAUCGGUCAAGUAUAUAACGACAUAGGUGACUAUGUGAAAGCAGUCGAAUUUCACGACAAAGCGCGUAAAACAUACGAAAAAACUCUGCUUCCGAAUCAUCGCCAUUUGGCUACUUGCUACAGCGAUAUCGGUACAGUGUAUAACAACAUGGGUGACUACUCGAAGGCACUUGAAUUUUAA